AUGCCCGUGAUCUUCCCCAUGGCCGUGCCGGAUGAGGGCACCUUCGAGUGGCUGGACGACUUCCUCUCGAAGCACCCCAGGUACGUGGAGCUUUCUGACCGUGCCAUCGGCGAUUGGGCGGAGCAGAGUGGGGUGGCCCGCAACAAGACCUACACCUGGAAGCACUCCAACGACAAGCCCGACUUGCAGACCGGGCUGCCGCUGCUGGAUGACUUCAGCGCGCGGAAGAUCCUGGGGGUGGUGGCACCCACGCAGCCCAGGAACUACGUGGUCAUGGAAAUCAAGUCGAACCUGCUGAAGGACGAGAGGUCUCACUUCAUCAAGCGGUUCAAGCGGCCCGGCUUCAAGGUGGUCGCGCAGGUGAUGAUGGGGGAGCCCCCGGCCGAGUUCAAGGCUGCAGUGCACAAGACUCAUUUGGAAGAGAAGCAGAAGAAGCUGGACGAGGAGUGGGAGCAGCGCAAGGCGGAGAAGGAGAGAGAGCGAGCUGCAGAGGAGGCGCGGCGCCAGGCGGACGCGGACGCGGACGCCCGCGCCAAGGCGGAGGCCACCGCUGCGGCGGAGGCGGUGCGGGCGCAGCUCAUGGCGCAGGGGAGCCUCCACGAGAUGGCGGUGACGCAGCCGGCCGCGCCCUCUGUGGAGACCGUGGGGGAGGCGCCGCCCAGCGUGGAGGCCGCGGUGGCGGCGUCCUCCGCGCCGGCCGGCGAGGGGAAGCCAGAUGUUGUCAUGACCGAGGUGAAGGAGGAGAAAGUUGAGCCGGUGCCGGAGGAGCCGCGGCCCGUGGCGACCCUCACGGAGGAAGAGCAGAAGGUGUGGUUCAAGGCAAAGGCGGCGCCGGAUCUCACCAGCUGGACGCUGGGCGGCCUUCUGGCGGCGAUUCAGCGAGAGGGGAGAAGGCCAGUCUGCUGGCUGCCAGCCCCCACCCAGGGCCAGCUGGUCCCUGGCCCAGCUGGCGCCAGCGAGGAGCUGGCCGAGCUGGCACUGACUCCGGCCGGCCCCGACUCGCAGGACAGGGCUGCUGGGAUAGAUGCGUGGCACUGCGCGCAGCCGCAGCAGGCCAGUCUGUUGGUAGAACGCAAAGGCGCUGCGGUCAAGGCGUGGUAG